AUGGCACUUCCGGUCGAUCGUCCUACGUCUACGGCAGCACUUGUGAUCGCUACUUCAGUCCUUACUGGCGUGAUUGGUUAUUAUCUCGGCCAAGGCGCAUCGAUCGGAAUAUUCUCAUCCUCGCCCAGCCAUGCUCAUAAGGGAAAGUCGAUAGCAGACGAGGACGACGAGGAGGAGGACGAAGAAGAAGACGAAGACGAUAUCGAGGGUGAGCUUGCGACAUUCGAGGGGAAUACAGAUGAAGUGAAACUCGUUCUGGUCGUGAGGACGGACUUGGGGAUGGGCAAAGGUAUGCCUUUUAUCAACUACGUUGAGCUUCAAAUUUUCCCUUUCAACCGCAAUAUCAACUUCCCCGCGCAGGACUUAUAUAGGUAG